GAAUGCGCUCAAUAAUUAUUCAUCAAAACCCAGCCCAUGUCGAGAUUGUAUCGGUUUCAGUCUGAAACACACCAGACUGAUGUGAGGCUAAAGGUCAGCGAGACUGGAACCUGACAGGCUCUCGGCUGAACCAGACUCAGGUUUAUUAUCACUGACGUUUGUCGUGAAAUCUGUUGUUUUUGUGGCAGCGGUACAGUGCAAGACAUAAACAUUACUAUCAGUUACAAAAACGAAUAGUGCAGAAGAGGAAAAAGAGGCCGAUCUGACUGGGAAAUGGAAGCGGCUGUGGAUUUGACAGUGGUGCCGCUGCCGAUUUAUUGCUGAACUGCUGUAAGUUCAGGGAGAGGGAACCGGUUGUGUGUUCACUCAGGAGGGCAACUGGAGGAUCCACUGGCGAUUUGAAUCGAUUGAAAUGGAGUUGAGAGCCGUGCUUUCAGCCCUAGGAUUGGGGUUCGUUUUGUUUGGAGCCGGUGCCGAAGGUGGAUGUGUGGACUUUGGAACUUGCUGUAAGGGCAGAGAAUCCCAAUGUCACACGACCGGCUGGCGACCCGAUCGUUCUUACGGAACUUGUUACUGUGACCAGGCUUGUGGACGUACCCUGGAUUGCUGUCACGAUUACCAACUGGCCUGCCCAGCUGUUUCUUGCAAAGUGACUGAGUGGAGUUUCUGGAGCGGCUGUGCAGAACCAUGCAAAAAUACUUACCGUGUUCGUCGACGGUACAUUGUACAGGAGCCAAAGAAUGGUGGUGAGCUUUGUCCUCCCUUAGAGGAAAGAGCUGGAUGUGUGGAAUAUCGUAAUGACGGGGACAGAAUGUGCAGGCAGUCCCUUGUCCCGGCGUUAAUUACCACAGGGGGAUAUGGAAAAGCUCGGAGAAAGCGAGAUGCUUCCAUUGGAUCCCAGGAGCCAGGGUAUUGUGUGGAAUUCCAAGUAAAAUCAUUGACUCAGAAUUGUUUGAUUGAAAACCGUCCUCAUGCUAGGUGGAUGCAGUACCUUCGACCAGGCUUCACUGUUUGUGUGGAAUGUCAGCCUCCUGCCCUGAACUCUGGCUUCCAGAGAUGCUAUGGUGAUGGUGGAGAAACUGAAAGCAGGAACCAGAUUCUACAGUGGUAUGCAGUUGGUAAUCCUCACUGCAGAGGAACAUGGAAAUGGAUUCGACAAAUGGAAUCAUGCUCUUGUCCUUUAGUCCACAGUUUUUUAUUUAUUUGAAGUAACUCAUCUGGUCCAUGAACACAUUCUUCUGAUUAACACUUGCACGGACACCAGAAGUUAGGAACUUUAUUCAAACUACACGAAGACUAAGUAUAAGAUAUAUUCUGAACACUACAGUAAGAAUAUGAAGGAAUGUCUGAAAUGUUACCUUCUGGAAAUGGUUUUAUUUUCCAGAAUUUUUAAAUCUUAUUUCAUCAUUGUGGGAUUAAAACAAUCCUCAUUCACCCUUUGAGAAUAAUGAAACUUCAAAAUGAAAUUACAGCUUUUAAACUGAACAAAAGUACCAGUAUUUAGACAUCUUUUUAUAGGUUCUAUUUUGAUUGUUGAAGAGUGAUUGAUUUCCUUCAAAUUUUACACCUUGUACAGUUAUUACUCACACAUAUUUAAUAGGCAUAUCUGGUGUGUAAUAUCUCUUUAAAGAGAUGGGGAAAAUUUCUUUCACUGAACGUGAAAGUCCAUUUUUGGUUGGAAAGCAUUUCAGUAUGUGCAGGUAAUCAACGAUUUGAGAAAUACUCAUUCCUGCACAGCUUACUGAAUUUUUCAUUACUGUUAAGGUGAAUUAUAUAAUUAAUUUGUGACUUACCUUAGAAAAAAAUAAACUUAAGAUUGAAAUCUUGAGAUGAAUUAAGCAAAUGGGAGAACUGAGGAGAUUGUUGCAUGCAUAAAAUAAAUUGUAAGUUUCUCUUAAUAUAGUUUGAAAUUAAGAUUUUAUAGAUGGCUUUUAAAAAAUAAACUAGUUAACACAUUUUUGUUUAAGUGGACAAAUGUAUCUCUACGUUCAAACCAUUUCACCCCAUAACAAGACCAUUGACUUCUACCUCUGCGAUGUUGCUGGCUUUUUUUCCAUCACUGUCACUGUCACACACUCUCAGCUAUGUCACACUUAGACUUCUUCUGACUUCCAUGCAACAUAAACUGUAACUCCUUGUGUUUUCAAUGAACUAUACAGUAUUCUGGUCACUUCUGGUUAUUAUCGCUGCUGUCUUUGCCAAUCACCAUGAUUUACCUGUUGCUUUGUGCAUUGGCUUCAAAAUUCUCCUUAUUUCACACAUGUAUCUCAUGGCCUCUGUUGCAACCACUUGGAGCUGUAACUUUCUGUUUCACCUUCUGAUCAUCCAACUUGGAUAUAAUAUGUAUUUUCUUGUUCUCGCUUGCAAUCUUUACUAUACACAUCUAUCAUCAUUUCCUACUUUCAAACCUUUUAAUCAUCUUCAUUGACUUUGCAUGAGGUCUUCCCACUAACCUCAGUAUGGAUGUGGUCUCACAACUUUGCAUUGUGGAACAUAUUUCUAAUUUAAAGUGUUAUAAUGAUCUGAAACCUAUAUCUUUGAUUUAUAAAAUUGUUGCUAAAAAUAUACCUGCAGAUUUUUAUAUCUCCUGCCAUUUCUGUUAACUCAGUGCGGUCCUAUGUCUAGUUUUCUGUCUUUUAUUUCUAUGGAAAGCAUUUUUGGUCAAACUCAGUAAUAUUUAUUUCUGAGGAAAUGUGUGGUUCCUUCCAGAGUGUUUAUAGAACAUGUCAGGAGCUAUGGAGGAGAAUGCUGUUCAUUAUCAAUUCUCUCUUAGGAGUGACGGUAUGGCUCAAUGCAGUCUAAAUUCUGACUGACAGCAUGAAAUUAACUAUCUACAAUUAAGACCAUAGUUCCCACAUAAUCAAGUUAAUUUUGUCAAUUUAUUCAAACUUAUUAUUAAGAUAACAUAUAAAUAUUCUUAAUAACAAUUACCUUCUUUCCUCUGCUUAUUAAUAGCUCCUGAAUUAAUUUUCAAUUAUUCUUGAUAUAAUUUUUGUAUUGGAAUAAUGGACCAAAAUAAUAGUCUUUGGUAUGUGUAUUUGGCCCAUUUCUAAAAAUAACGUAUUGAUUUUACUACUGGUUCGGUGUACCUGCCUAUUAGAAGUGAUAGGACCAUAGAAAUUAUUUUUUAUUUAUAGGUGUAUGCACAGUGGCUAUCCAUUGCACUGCCUUCAAGCAUUCACUUUCAUUUUAUUUGGACAACUCUAGCUUAAAUUCAUUCCUCAGGUAAGUCCUUUGCUCUGUGGAUACAAGUCAUCACUGAUACUAGAAACUCACAUACCUAAGUCAUUUUUUUUCCUUAAUGGAUGGUUAGCAGUUAACUUAUUUGGUAAGCUGCUCAUUAACUUUUCUGGAUAAAAUCUUACAUGAGCUUUAACAGCCUUUGGAAUGUGUAUAUGGCCCACCUCUAAAAAUUUACUUCUCAUGUGCAAGAAAUCGCCUGUUCAAUGUCAUUGGUGGAUUUUAUAAUGAAAUAAUUGAUUAAGUCUCAAAGUGAAACCUUGUGAAAAUAAAAACAAAUUGUUAGUAGUAACCAUUCAUAAAAUUGAGCAGCUAUUAAGCAUGGUCCAUUUAAACUAAUUUCAAAAUCAAUAAGAAUUUUUUUGUUGGGUGAUUUGCUGUGAAUCAAGUCCCAAUGUUUUAACCCAAGCAUAUCAAUAAAGUAAGAGAGCAUCUAUCAACUAUGUUUAUUGCUGCAUCUAUAU